AUGGGCGGCACGGCUUCCACGGAAGCCGAGUCCACGAGGACAAAGGAGAAGAGCAAGAAGAAAAAGAAGAAGGAGCAGCCGCAGGAUGACAAAGAUCUCAUCGGUGCUGACGACACCACGCGGGAUGCUCCGUUUGAGCAGGGCGCGACGACGAGCCACGAGGAGUGGCCACCGGGAGAGCCGCCCUCGACGGUCGAGAGGCCGCCGACCUGGCCCGACUUGGCCGCAGAACCCACGAUGCCCAUCGACGAUACGUCGCCUGGUCCGCGGGGCGUUCCAGAGCCCGGCGGGACGCCUCGGCAGCCGGAGCAGCGGUCCUUCGGCAUCUUUGGGGCGAUGCCGGGGCAGAGCAGCAGGCCCUACGCGGAGCUCGCCUCUCCAUCGCCGCUGGGUGCGGCCUCGCCCCAGUCGACCUCGCCUUUGCAGAGGGCGGUGGGGCCGAAGUAUUUGAGAGUGCGAAUUCUCAAGGCCUACAACCUGCCCCUUCAGAGCACCGGCCUCACGGGCGAUCUGGCUGACUCCUACGUGGCGGCGCGCGUGCAGCGGCAGAUUUUUCGCACCUGCUGCGUGGAGCGCGAGGCGACCUGUGUCUGGACGGAAGACAAUGAGCAUACCUUCCAGCUACAUGAGCCGUGCAGUCUGGAGUUGCAAGUGAUGAGCAUCAGUGCUUCUCAUGAAGAAGUCCUGGGGAAGGCCUCGCUGGCCGUGCACGAGGACGCGGAACGCGUCUGGCAGAGACACCGGCUGCCGCUGCAGGGUGGCAGCCGAAGUGUCCGGAGCGAGCUGGAGCUUGAGAUGCUGCUGGAGCAUCAGGCCGACACCCAGCCGGAGGCCAAGCCGAAAGAGGAGCUGGAGUACCAGCUCGGGCCCCGCGUCUUCCAGCCCCAGCCGCACGCCCUGCCCUGGCAGGGAGUGCGCGUCUUGGAGCUCUCAUGCCGCUCCUGGACGGCGGCGCUCUGCGGACAGGUGAUGGCCGCCUGCGGCGCCGAGGUCAUUCGUGUGGCCUUCGGGGAGGAAGCGCUGUUGCAGCAGAAGAAGUCCAACGCCCAGCGCGGCCCUUCCGGAACCGCCGGAACGGGCACCGACACUGUGCCCAAUGCGGUGCCCAGGCAGUUGCAUGUGGGGAAGCGUUUGGCGCCCUACAACGUGGAGGACCCUGAGGAGCUGAGUGUGCUGAAGUCGGAGCUGCUUAUGGGCUGCAGCCUCUUGCUGACCGACCUGUGCGCUGAGGAGCUCGAACAGAUGCAGCUGGGAGCCGCCAGCUUGCGGCAGCAAUGCCCCUGGUUGAUCUUCGUGCAUGCAUCGGUGGUGGGCAUGCGAGCGGAUCUCAGCAACAAGGGCGUGGAAGAUGCGGGGGCCUUCUUCUCCCUCUCAGGCUUGGCCGAGCAGCUGGGCCACUUCCUGGGCCCGUCGGGCCUGGCGGCGGCGGCCGCGGCCUCGGCGCUCUUCGGCGUGUGCUCCAUGGCGGUGCUGCGGCGGCGCUGCGGGGCGCCAGGAGACCGGGUGGAGAUGAGCAUCUUCCGCUCGGGCCGUUGGUGUUCGGCCCUGGGUGCCUUGACCGGCUGGGCGGCUCCCCCCGCGCCCGCGGAGCACCACCGCAGCGGCGCCGCGGCGCUUGCUGCACCGCCCCGCGGAGAGGCGGAGGCGCUGGCGCUGCCGUUCGACGUGGAGGGCGUGGCGCGCAGACCGGGGAAGAGAGCGAAGGUGGAGCGGAAGCCUCAGUGGUCGGUGCUCGAGCCCUCAGCUUUGCUUCCUCCAGUGCUGACCCCCACCGCCCCCUGUGCCGCUGAGCUGCCUUUGGCGCGUGUGGCAGUGCUGGAGAUCAGCGACGAGUACCAGGUCGGUGCCAUGGCGCUUGGCGCGCUGCUGGCAGACCUGGGCGCACGGGUGACGAAGUUGGAACGUCCGCAGCGGCCGGACCCCUGGCAGCGCACCUGCCCACAGCUCUACAAGGACCUCACCGCGCGGAAGGUCGUCCAGGUGGUGAACUACUCUGGCAUCGGGGGCCAGGAUGCUCAGGGACAUCCGGUGCCCGGACAGGCGGCGGUGUACCGGGCCUUGGCCGAAACGACCUUGUUGAUCACGAAUUUGCCCAGUCAAGCGCUGGAGAGUUGGGGCUACGAUCCGAAGCAUCUUCGGCAGAUGUUCCCUCACUUGAUCAUCGUGUGGAUCAGCACCUGGGGCUCCGACGAAGAAGCGCGGCACCGGGAGAAGUUGGAGGGCCGCAAGGGCGGACGCGAGGCGCACGCCUUCUGGGAGGCCAGUGGCCUCUGCCAGUUGUGCAACGGUGUGCCGAUGCCACCCGGGCUCUCGGAGCUGGUCGUGGCGCAGCAAGCCUUGGGCGGAGUGGGUUUGGCCCUGCUGCGGCAGCAGCGCACCGGGCAGGGGCAAUUCGUGCAGGUGAGCCGAUACCGCUCAGGGCUCUUCUGCCAACGGCUGGCGGCGCUGGACCCUCCUAGGCCACUGACCUCGCCCUUGCUGCAGACCUUGGACGGCCGGUUCUUGCGGCUCUUGGGACGAGGUCACAAGCCUCAUGAUGCUUGGGUCUUGCUGCACGCGCUGGGGCGGCGGGAGAGCUUGAGCGAUCACGUGGGAGGCAACAUGGAGAAGGCCAGAUCGAAGCUCAAGGACUUCACCUGGGAGGAACUGCAGAAGCACCAGGAUGAGCUCCUGGCUUGCGCGCGCGAGUGGAGCUUUCAGGACCUGGCCAAGGCCUUUCAGGAGAAGGGCAUUGAUUGGUUCGUGGAAGAGAUGCGGCCCAUGGAUGCAGAGGCCUUGCACAGGCCGGAUGGAGCGGAUGGAGAUGGAGGGAUGCCUGGGUUCGAGAUCCAGGUGAUCGGAGACAGCCGGGUGCUCAUCGCUCCGGGCUUGCUCGAAGAGAUCCCAGCACGGCUGGAGGCCUGCGGGGUGAAGCCAGCCGCCUUGGCCAUGGUCAGCGACAAGACGGUGGACGGCCACUACGGCGACCGUCUGAUGAACGCCUUUGCUGCGCACUACGGCGACCGGGACGCGUCGCCCAAGCUGGUGCGCUUUGCCUUCGCGCCCGGCGAGGCCUCGAAGAACCGGGAGACCAAGGCGCAAAUCGAGGACUUCAUGUUAUCGCACAAGUGCACCCGAGACUCCGCCAUCAUCGCCUUGGGUGGUGGCGUGGUGGGUGAUUUGGCCGGCUUCACCGCAGCCACGUACAUGCGCGGUGUGCCAGUGGUGCAGGUGCCCACCAGCACCAUGGCGAUGAUUGACAGCAGCGUGGGGGGCAAGACUGCGCUGAACGUGCCGGCGGGGAAGAACCUCAUUGGUGCGUUCCACCAGCCUAAGGUGAUUUUUGCCGAUCCCACGGUGUUGAGUACCUUGAGCCGUCGCGAGGUGGUGGAGGGCUUGGCUGAAGCCAUCAAGAUGGGCGUCAUCCGUGAUGCCGAGCUCUUCCAGACCAUGGCCGAGCACGCUGAGCGCAUCAUCGCACUGGAUGCCCAGCUGCUGCAGGAGGUGCUGCACAAGGCGGUGAAGCACAAGGCGGAGAUUGUGGCCAUCGACGAGAAGGAGACGGGCCUGCGCGCCACACUGAACUAUGGCCACACCAUCGGGCAUGCCAUCGAGGCGUUGGUCUCCCCCGAGAUGUUGCACGGCGAGUGCGUCUCCAUCGGCUGCGUGUGGGAAGCGGAGCUGGCCGUGCGCAUGGGACACCUGGAGGCAUCCAAGGUUCCAGUGAUCCGGAGCUGCUUUCAAAAGUACGGCUUGCCGGUGGUGGCGCCCAAGGGCCUGACGUUGGAGCGGUUGAUGGAGAAGAUGGCGGUGGAUAAGAAGAACCAGGGGAAGACCAUCCGCUGCACGGUGAUCACUUCCGUGGGCGCCAGUGUGGAUCACCCCCUGCCUGUGCAGCGCGAGCUCAUGGAGGUUUUGUUAGCCUCGAAGUUCUGCAAGACUACAAUCAAUGCAGUGCCAUCUCAAGACCAAUGGCCCAGUCCUUCCCUGGCGCAACGUGCGAAGCAGCUGGAGGAGCUACGUGGAAGGCAGCAGAAUGCGGCGGAGAAGGCCUUGCAGAUGGGGCAACACGCCUCCGAGUUGAAGCAGCGCUUCGGCGAGUCCAAAGCGCAGGCGCAGGAGGAGCUGCUCGACAGGCUGCACGACCAGAGUGAGCAGCAACGUCGAUUAGAAAAGCUGCGUGAGCAGUACCACAGCGGCGUGGCUCCGGUGCUCGGGGUGACGGUGGACGGAGCUCAAGGUCUGGCCAGUGAGACCCGGGGCCGCCGGAUCUCCACGUAUUGUGUCAUUGAAGUGGUCAACAAGCCCUUCACGCGCUUGCAAAGCCCGCAGCUGCAAGGGCCGAGCCCCUUGUGGGACUACACCGGCGUCAUCUCCGGCUGGGCCUUUGGCGACGUCCUGAAGUUGGCUGUGUACCAUCGGGAGCCAGCGGCAGAGGUGGACCACAACGCAGCACCGGCCUCCGUGGAACACACCACAGUGCUUUAUCUCCAGGUGGCCGCGGCGUACAACUUGAUCAACCGGGACUCGGGGAUUAUGGGCGACGUGUCCGACCCCUAUGUCGUAGCACAAGUGGGAGAGAUGGUCCAGCAGACGCCCAGCGUGAGCAACGAGUUGAACCCCGUGUGGAAGGAGCGCAACCAGUUCGCCUUCAACGUGGUGGAUCACGAACUGGACCGAUACCUGCUGCUGCAGGUGAUGAACAGCAACGUGACGAAAGAUGAUGGCUUGGGCCGUGUGAGGCUGGACACUCGGUCCAUCGACCCUGGACGUUGGCACCACUACCGGCUGAAGCUGGAGGAGGGACAGGGAGGAGAGUUGGAGUUCGACGUCUACCUGAAGCCUGCUGAGCCCUGCAAGCCUCACGCUGCCCAAGAUGAGCUCAUCGGUCAAGCCGAGGUUGGCAUGUCCCAGUUCUAUCCGCAUGGCUUUGAAGGCCAGCUGCCACUCUUCCUGAACAGCAAGCCCACCCAGGGCAUCUUGGAGGUCUUCCUCGAGGUGCAGCCGCAGGGCGUCAAGAUCAACCGCUCAGUGAACCGGCGAGGAAGCCAUCGGCGCACCAGCUCCGAUCUCAGCAUGAUGAGCCGCAGGUCAAGCUAUGCCAUUGGCCGCUCCAGAUCGCAGGUGAGCAGCACGGACUUGGGAGACAUGCACAUCGAACCCAGGCCGGCCGGGGAGUCCGAGAAGAGCGUGCUUCAAAUCCGCGUGAACUCCGCGGCGAACCUCACGAACGUGGACUCGGGCCUCUUCGGGGACGUGUCGGAUCCCUAUGUGGUGCUGCGGGUGGCCAACACGGAGCAGAAGACCGAGGUCCUCAAAAAUACCUUGAACCCGGUGUGGCAGGAGAAGAACCUCUUCAGCUUCUCAGUGGGGGCGGAGGACAACAAGGUGGAGCUCGAGGUCAUGGAUUCCAACAACUUCAAGGAUGUCUCCCUGGGCCGUUGCGAGCUGGACCUGCGCUCCAUUCAGCACGGGAUGUGGACCCGCUUCAACGAGAAGCUGGUGGCCGGCGUGCGUGGUGAACUCGCGUUCGAUCUCUACUUCCAGGCGACGGAGUACAGGCUGCUAGUGGCGGAGCAGGGCAGCAUGCUCCACGUGCGCGUGAACAACGCGCGGAACCUGCCGAACACCGACACGGGCGUCGGGAGACCCGUACCACACGCGUUCCGGCGGAAGUCGAUGGACUUUGCGGGCCAAGCGAUUGGCACAGCCAGUGAGCUGAAGGAGGGUGAAGGCUCAUGCGGAUUUGCUGAGGCAGGGCGAGCGGAGCGUCGGCGACGCAUGCAACGCAUGGGUGCCUUGGCUGAGGAGAGAGAGGACUGUCUGGCGGCUGUCGCAACGUCCGCCCUGGCGCCUGUCUGUUUGGACCGCCCCUUUGUCAUUGGCACUGGACAGGUGGCGCGCGCGAAGCCUUAUGAGGCGCCCACCGCGUCGGUGCUGACUGAGACGGUGCAAGAAGAACGCAGCGGAGCGAGGACUGCUGCCUCCGCCGCCUCCGCCCUGGCCGCGUCGGCUUUGGGUCUCCGUUGGAUCUUCCCCAAGCGCCGUGGCCUCCGCGCAAAGGCUGAGAAGCCCGUGCAAGUGGCAGGCGGUGCAGCCGGAUGUGCCCCGGGCUCCUCCAGCUUCUCGUCCAACGGCUCCAGCUUUUUGGGCUCCUCCAUGGCGGGAUCCGUGACGAGCUGCGGCCGCAGCGCGAGCGCCACAUCUUCCAUGACGAUGCUCUUCGAGCGCUUCAACGAGAAGGCGCUGAGGUCCGUGCUCUGGGCGCAGGAGCAGAGCCGCCGGAUGGGUCAGCCACAAGUGAAUGUGGAUACCUUGCUGCUGGGAGUUCUUAAGCAAGGUGGUGGAGUCACUGAGAAGGUCGUGAAGCGCUUGAACUUGGACCUGGCAGCGAUCACCAAGACUCUCCAGGAGCGCGCGGAGCGGGGCUCGCAGCCGCCUCCGGCAGAGAUCCCCUUCGCCGAGGAUUGCAAGAAGGUCUUGGAUGGCGCGGUCAAAGAGUCCAAGGACAUGGGCUCCGCCGCCAUCGACCCGAUCCAUAUCCUCCUGGCGCUGCUCCGCAGUGAGGAGAGCGAGACGGUGCAGGACUUGUUGACCAUGGAGCCGGAGAAGUUCAUCCAGGAGAUCAAGGCCGAGAUCCAACGGAUGGAGGAAGAAGCGGAAAAGACGGGCGACACGACAGGCCUGGUGCAGAAGAAGGCCACCAAGGCCCUGGAUGAGUUUGGCAAGAACCUCACGGAGGCGGCGGCGAAUGGCUUGAUGGAUCCGCUGGUGGGGCGUGACGAGGAGAUCAACCGCGCGAUCCAGAUCCUCGCACGACGCUCCAAGAACAACCCGGUGCUGAUUGGCGAGCCGGGCGUGGGCAAGACGGCCAUCGCGGAAGGGCUGGCCAUGCGCAUCGUUGCCGGGGACGUGCCGGAGAUGUUGACGGACAAGAUCAUCAUCGAGUUGGAUAUGGGUUCCCUCCUGUCAGGUGCCAAGUACCGUGGUGAGUUUGAGGAACGCCUCAAGAACAUCAUCCAAGAAGUCCGUGAUGAUCCCAAUAUCAUCCUCAUGAUCGACGAGAUCCAUACCUUGGUGGGCGCCGGCGGCGGCGGCGACGGAGGCGCCAUGGAUGCGGCCAACAUCCUCAAGCCCGCGCUGGCGCGCGGCGACAUGCAGAUCAUUGGGGCCACGACAGUGGAAGAGUACCGGAAGUACGUGGAGAAGGACAAGGCGCUGGAGCGUCGCUUCCAGCCGGUCUCGGUGCCCGAGCCCACGGUGGACGAAGCGGUGCAGAUCCUCCGCGGCAUCGCGCGGAAGUACGAGGCUCACCACCGCAUCCGCUACUCAGAGGAGGCCUUGCAAUCCUGCGUGAAGUUUGCGUCCCAGUACAUCCAGGACCGCUACUUGCCCGACAAGGCGAUCGACUUGCUGGACGAGACGGGCGCCCGCGUGCAGCUGAGGCAGCUGGCGACCGUGCCCGAGGAUGCCUGGGAGCUUCGGCAGGAGCUGAGAGACGUGGAGGCGCAGAAGGAGUCGGCGGUGCGCGUGCAGGACUUUAAGAAGGCUGGGGAGCUGAAGAAGAAGGAGGAUGAUUUGCAAUGCCAGCUCUACCAGUUUAUGAAGAAGAGCAAGGACGAGCCGCCCGCGGAGCCAGUUGAGGAGGUGCCCAAAGACCCCAAGGCGGAAGCCAAAGAGGAGGCGAAGGUGGUGGAGCUGCCGCCGCUCUCCGCGGAGGACGUGGAGGAGGCACUGGCCAAGCCGGUGGUCACCGAGAACGACGUGGCCUCCGUGGUCUCCGCCUGGACCAAGGUGCCCGUGGAGAAGGUCUCGGCGGAUGAGUCGGUACGCCUGGUGCACUUGGAGGACACGCUCCACAACCGCGUGAUUGGCCAAGAGGAGGCCGUGGUGGCCAUCGCCAAGGCGGUGCGCCGCGCACGGGCGGGGCUGCAGAACCCCAAGAGGCCCAUCGCCUCCUUCAUCUUCUGUGGACCCACAGGUGUUGGAAAGACCGAGCUUUGCAAAGCCUUGGCAGAAGCCUACUUUGGCAUGGAGGACUCCAUGAUUCGCUUGGACAUGAGCGAGUACAUGGAGAAGCACACGGUGGCCAAGCUCAUUGGGUCGCCGCCCGGCUAUGUGGGCUACGACGAGGAGAGCCAGUUGACGGACCCGGUGCGCCGGAAGCCCUAUAGCCUGGUGCUGUUCGAUGAGGUCGAGAAGGCGCAUCCGGAUGUCUUCAACCUCAUGCUGCAGGUCUUGGAGGAUGGCCAUUUGACCGACUCCAAGGGCCGCAUUGUUUCUUUCAAGAACACCUUGAUCAUCCUCACCUCCAAUUGUGGAGCGAAGGAGAUUGAGAAGACGUUGAUUGGUCAGGGCUUGGGCUUCGAUGCUGGCGAAGAGGAGCCUGGAACGUCGAUGUACCAAAGGCUGAAGACCAAGGUCCACGAACAGCUCAAGGGCUUCUUUAGACCGGAGUUCCUCAACCGCUUGGAUGAGAUCAUUGUCUUCAAGUCCUUGAACAAACAAGAGGUCCGCGAGAUCGCCGAGCUCGAGUUCCGCAAGACCUUCAAGCGAUGUCAGGAGAGGGGAAUCACCCUCUCAUUGACCGACCGUUUCAAGACUAAAGUCGUGGAUGAAGGAUAUGAUCCGGUCUACGGCGCACGCCCCUUGCGCCGCGCCAUCAUGCGGCUCUUGGACGACAAGCUGGCGGAAGCCUUUUUGCAUGAGCCCACCGUUGAGGGCGAGUGCAUCAUUUGCGACAUCGACGAGGAGAGCGAAGUGGUCGUGCUCCGGCAGAAGUUGGGCCAGGGCGAUGCCGAGCCCGUCCCCGAGGAGGUCGAAGUCAGCGAAGUCACGUCGGAUCCCUACGUCAUCGUGAAGGUGGGGGACUUGCAGCGGAGGACACCGACCAUCGACAACAACCUCAAUCCUGAUUGGCAGGACGGGAACCUCUUCACCUUCUCGGUCGCUGAGGAAGAUGCCACGAUGGAACUGGAGGUGAUGAAUGCCAACGUGGUGAGGGAUGACAGCCUGGGCACUGCGUCGGUGAAGAUAGGCGAUCUGGAGCCGAAUCACUGGUGCCGACUCGUCGAGAAGAUUGGGCAAGGUGCCACCGUCGAAUUGGACGCCUUCUUCAAGCCCAGUGAGCUGGGGCGCCUGAACAACGGGCCGGAACAACGCGUGGUCACCCGCGCGCGGCGUGUGGGCCAUGGCGGAGGACACCGGUACACCCUCCUCUUCGCCCCGCCGUCGACGGCAUCGUGCCUGGGGUCGAAGAAGAUGUUCCGCGAAGAUGUGGUUUUUAUGGCACAGGAGUUGGAACGGAGUGAUCAUGAGGAAGGUCCCCUGUUGCGCUCCUUGUCAGAGAGUGAAGGCAACUUUGGAUCUCCCGACAUCCAGGACUGCGACAAGGCCAUCGAAGUGGACCCUAAGUCUCCGAGCGCCUUCUGCAAUCGGGGCCUGGCGAAGACCAUGAUGCGGCUGCACCAAUCCGCCAUCGAAGACUAUGACCGAGCCAUUGGCUUGGACCCUCGCAAUGCCAAGGCUUGGAGCUACCGGGCGGAGGCCAAGAUCCGUUUAGGGCUGCACGAAGCGGCCAUCGAGGAUUAUGAUCAGGCCAUUGAGGACUGCAACCGGGCGAUCGGGUUGGAUGAGAACUUUGCCUUCGCCUACGGCCACUCGAAUCAAGCAGGUCGUGCCGCAAGCGCCAGGGCUUGCAAUCGCGCCCUGGCCAAGAGCGAGCUGGGUAUGCAUCGAUCUGCCAUUGAAGAUCACAACCGGGCCGUCCAGCUGGACCCGCGCUCGGCGAGUGCCUUCAACAACCGGGCGUUGGCCAAGAGCGAGCUGGGCAUGCACGUGGGUGCCAUUCAAGACUAUGACAAGGCGAUCCAGCUGGAUCCCCAUUCCGCGCGGACCUUCCACAACCGGGCUUUGGCCAAUAGUCAGCUGGGCUUGCACAGCAAGGCCCUGGAAGACUACGACCGAGCCAUCGAGCUGGACCCCAACUUUGAACAUGCAUUCUGCAACCGAGGUUUAGAAAAGAUUCGGUUGGGGAUGCAUCAAGGCGCCAUCGAAGACUACGACAAGACCAUUGAUUUAGAUCCCCUCUCUCCAACAGCAUUCAGCAACAGGGCAUUUGCCAAGCGGGAGCUUGGCAUGCAUCAAGCAGCGAUCUUAGACUAUGACAAAGCCAUCGAGCUAGAGCCCAGCUUCGCGGUGGCUUUUUGCAAUCGCGCAUUUUCCAAAAUCAGGCUCGGGCUGUAUCUCGGAGCGGUCCACGACUAUGACCGAGCUCUCGAGCUGGACCGGAACUCGGCGAGUGCCUUUUGCAACCGGGCCUUGGCGAAGAAUCGCUUAGGGAGGUAUCAAGAGGCCAUCGAGGACUGCAACCAGGCCAUUGAAAUGGAUUCGGGACUCGCAAGUGCCUUCAGCUACCGGGCGGAAGCUCAAAUCAAGCUGGGCAUGCAUGAGGCGGCCAUUGAAGACUAUGACGAGGCGAUCAGGCUGGACCCCAAGUCUGCGAGUGCCUUCAACAACCGUGCUUUGGGCAAAAGGAGGCUGGGGAUGCACGAAGGGGCCAUUGAGGAUUGCGGCAAGGCUCUAGCUCUCCAGCCCAAGUCUGCAUAUGCCUUCUUUAACCGUGCUUUGGCCAAGAGUGAGCUUGGCCGGCAUCGCGAGGCGAUCGCAGAUUAUGACAGAGCCAUCAAGUUGGAUCCCAAUGCAAGUGCCUUCUACUCGCGAGCCUCUUCGAAGUUUAGGCUGGACAUGAAGGAGGCAGCUAUUGCUGAUUACGACAAGGCCAUUCAGCUGGACCCGAAGUACGCCAGCGCAUUCUGCAAUCGGGCGCUUGCAAAAAGUGAGCUCGGAGAGCAUGCAAAUGCCCUUGAAGACUAUGAGCAUGCCAUCCGGCUCGACCCAACUUGUGCAAGCGCAUUCUUCAACCGUGCGUUGGCCAAGGUGGCGUUGGGCAUGCACGAUGCGGCCAUUGAGGACUAUGACACAGCCAUUCAGUUGGACUCAACCCACGCGAGUGCCUUCUACAAUCGUGCACUGGCCAAGAGUGAGCUGGGCAUGCAUGCAGCAGCCAUUGAGGACUAUGAUCGGGCCAUCGAGCUAGAUGAGGCGUGGGCUGGUCGGGCUGGUGCCUUUUGCAAUCGCGCCUUGGCCAAAAGCGAGCUGGGAAUGCAUCAAGCAGCUGUGGAGGAUUGCAACUUGGCGAUUCACAGAGACCCGACUUCGGCCACUGCUUUCAACAAUCGUGCCUUGGCCAAGAUCCGACUGCACCAAGCAACGGACGAGAGCGGCAAAGAGAUCAGGCUGGAGGCACAUUUGCCGGGAGCCUUCAGCACUUUGCACGAGGACAAGGACGAUGCAGUCUUGGACGACACAGCCAUGGUGUCCGAUCCAACCAGUGCAUCGGCCUACUGCCGGCGUGCCUUAGCCCGGAUCCGGCAAGGGAUGCCGCAGAAGGCCCUCGAGGACUAUGACGAAGCCAUCCAGCUGGCCCCGAACUUUGUCAGUGCCUUCAGCUGCCGUGCAGAGGCCAAGAUCCGGCUGGGGAUGCACGCAGCGGCCAUUGCAGACUACGACCAGGCCAUUGAGCUGGAUGGCAACUUCGUGAGUGCAUUUAGCUACAGGGCGUUGGCCAAGAUCAAGCUGGGCAGGUACCAAGCCGCAAUUGAAGACUACAACAAAUCCAUCGAACUUGACCCUAAGUGUGUGAGUGCGCUGUGCAAUCGGGCCUUGGCCAAGAGCGAGCUGGGGCUGCAUCAAGCGGCCGUAGAAGACUAUGACAAGGCAGUCAAGCUGGAUCCUGAUUCAGCAAGCAUUUUUUGCAAUCGCGCCGGUGUCAAGUUUCGACAGGGCAUGUACGAAGCUGCCAUUGUAGACUAUGACAAGGCGAUCAGGCAGGGAAGAAUCCUUAUGAUCCCUCUUGUAUCCUGCUUGCUGUGCGUUGGAUCGGAGCGGGCCGUCUCACACCGUGCCUUGGUCAAGAGGAGGGUGGAGCUGUAUCAAGCACUUCGAGACUGCAAUAAGGCCAUUGAGCUGGACCCUGGAUCAGUGUGUGCCUUCUGCAACCGUGCUUUGGCCAAGAGUGAGCUGGGGAUGUAUCGUGAGGCCAUUGCAGACUAUGAUAGGGCCCUAGAACUGGACCCCACGUCGAUGCGCGCCUCCAACAAUCGUGGGUCAACCAAGAUCAUGCUCGGCAUGUAUGCUGCCGCAAUUGAAGACUAUGACCGGACAAUCAAGCUUGACCCCAACUCCUCAAGUGCAUUUUGCAACCGUGCCUUGGCAAAGAUUGGGCUGCGACAGCUUCAAUCAGCCAUUGAGAACUGCAACAAGGCCAUUGAGCUGGACCCCACCUCCCCAAAUGCCUUCUACAGCCGUGCCUUAGCAAAAUUCAAGCUGGGGAUGCAUGAAGAGGCCAUUGAAGACUACGACAAGGCCAUUGCAUUGGACCCCAACUUUGCAAAUGCCUUUUACAACCGCGGCUUGUCGAAGUUUGGGCUGGGCAUGCAUGAGGAGUCCAUUGCAGACUAUGACAGGGCCAUUGCCCUGGACCCCAGCUCUGCCCGGGCAUUUUGCAACCGGGCUUUGGCCAAGUUUAGCCUUGGUGGUUGCGAUGAGGCAAUCAAAGACUAUGACAAAGCCAUUGAUCUUGACCAGAAGUUUGCAUUUGCCUUUGGCAACCGUGCUUUAGCGAAGGCUAAGCUGGGUUUGCAUCAAUCUGCGAUUGAAGACUACGACCGGGCGGUCGAACUGGACCCCAACUCUGCCAGUGCUUUCAACAACCGUGCGCUCGCGAGAAGCGAGUUGGGCAUGUUUGAGGGGGCCAUUGAAGACUUUGACAGGUCCAUUGCACUAGAUGGCAACGAGCCCAGCACCUUCCACAACCGUGCUUUGUCACAGAGCCAGCUGGGUAUGCAUUCAAAGGCCCUAGAAGACUAUGACAGGGCCGCCAUUGAAGACUAUGACAGGAGCAUUGGGCUGGACCCGAACUCAGCCAGCGCAUUCAGCAAUCGGGCAAUUGCUAAGAGUGAGCUUGGCAUGCAUCAAGCAGCCAUUGAAGACUAUGACAGAGCAAUCGAGCUAGAGCCCAACUCCGCAAGUGCCUUUGGCAACCGUGCAUUGGCUCACCUCCGGCUGGGUAUGCAUGAAGCAGCUGUGGAUGACUAUGGCAAGGCGAUUGAGCUGGCCCCGAACUUUGCAAGUGCAUUCUGCAACAGGGCCUUAGCAAAGAAUCGCUUGGGCAUGCAUCAAGAGGCAGUUGAAGACUGCAACGAGGCUAUUAGGAUGGACAGCCAGCUUGUAAGUGCUUACAGCUACCGUGCUGAAGCCGAGUUCAGGUUGGGCAUGUACAAGGCGGCCAUUGAAGAUUAUGACAAGGUCAUUGAGCUCGACCCCAGUUCUUCAAGAGCCUUCAUCAACCGGGCUUUGGUGAAGAGAAGGCUGGCCAAGCACGACGAGGCGGUGGACGAUUGCAGCCACGCCAUUUCCCUGCACCCCAACUCUGCAAGCGCAUUCUUCAACCGUGCCUUGGCUGAGAGCGAGAUGGAUUUGCAUCAAGAGGCUCUUGAAGACUGCACCAGGGCUAUCAAGCUGGAUCCUAAGUCUUCGAGUGCAUCGUACAAUCGGGGCUUAGUGAAGUUUAAGCUGGGCAGGUAUCAAGGGGCCAUCGAGGAUUUUUGCGGUGCCAUUGAGCUGGACCCCAAGAAUAGCAGUGCCUUCUGCAAUCGUGCCGUGGCCAAGUUCAAUUUGGGCAUGCACCAAGAGGCAGUUGAGGACUACAACAGGGCCAUUGAGCUUGACCAAAACUUUGCACGUGCUUUCUGCAACCGCGCUUUGGCGAAAAGCGAGCUGGGGAUGCAUCAAGCAGCGCUGGAAGACUGCAACCAGGCUGUUAAGCUGGACCCGAAGUUAGUCAGUGCUUUCAAUAAUCGGGCCUUGGCACAGAUCAGGCUGCGCAUGUAUCAAGCAGCAAUUGAAGACCUCAACAUGGCCAUCGAGCUGGAGCCUAACUUGGCUGGUGUGUUCAGCCAUCGAUUUCCAGUCAACAACCAUGCGCUGAUGCUCUGCAAUCGUGCUUUGGCCAAGAAUGAGUUGGGCAUGCACCAAGAGGCUCUUGUAGACUACAACCGGGCCAUUGAGCUGGAACCACGGUCAGCACGUGCCUUCAACAACCGUGGCUCGGCCAAGUUCAGGCUUGGGAUGACCGCAGCUGCACUGGAAGACUUCGACAAGGCCAUUCAGCUGGAGCCCACCUUUGCAUGGGCCUUGUGCAACCGUGGCUUGGCGAAGAUUGCGCUGGACAGGAAUGAAGCGGCCAUCGAAGACUGCAACAGGGCCCUCGAGCUGGAGCCCCAUUUUUUCAGCGCCUUCUACAACCGUGCUUUGGCACAGUCCAAGCUGGGUCUGCAUCAGGACGCCAUUGAGGACUACAACAAGUCCAUCAGACUGAACCCCAGGUCUGAAAGUGCUUACUACAACCGCGCCUUAGCCAAGUUCAACCUGGGCAUGCACGAAGCGGCGGUCGCAGACUAUGACAAGGCAAUUCAGCUGGAUCCCAUCGCACGGAGCUUCUGCAAUCGUGCCUUGGCGAACUUCCACCUGGGCCUCUACGACGUGGCGCUGGAGGACUACGAUCGAGCUCUGCGCUUGGAGCACUCCGCGGUGGCCUUCUACAACCGUGCCCUGGUGGAGGCGCGCAGAGGCAAGUAUGAAUCAGCUGUCAGGGACUAUGGGAGGGCCAUCGAGCUGGAUCCCAAUGCCGGAAUUGCAUUCCAUGGCAGGGCUUCAGCCAAGUUCAAACUGGGCCUCCACGAGGACGCCAUCGACGACUACGACCGGGCGCUCCAACUGGACCCCUCGUCCGCCCGCGCCUUCUACGACCGGGCCUCCGCCAAAUUCCGCCUGGGCUUGCAUGAAGGGGCCAUUGAAGACUAUGAUCAGUCCAUCGAGCUUGACAGCAGCUAUGCAGGUGCGUUUUGCAACCGUGCCUUGGCAAAGCGGAAGCUGGGACGUCACCAGGAAGCUCUGGCAGAUUGGAAGAAGACGCUGGCGUUAGAUCCGAAUUAUGCCGCUGAUAUGCACAAGCUCUUUCAGGUGAAGACUGACGGCUGA